AUGAGGACGGUAGUAGCAUGUAAACAAAUUUUAUCACUGCGAAACUUCAAAUCAAUUCGAUUAUCGCAUGGUCUUGUUUAUACGGGUCUGAUUAAAACCCAGAAAUCUGAUCAAAGGGAAACCAUAUCUGGAGUUUCAUUGUCUAGCAAAAGUUGGUUGUCGGACGCCUGUAAACUGUUCGACGAAUUGCCUCAAUGGGAUGUGGUAUCAAUCACAACUUUGAUCAGUGGGUUAGCCCGACAAAAUAGACACAAGGAAACAUUCUAUGUCUUCUCCAGGAUGCUUGAGUUGGAAAUCAAACCCAGUGAAUACACAUUAGUAGCUCUCAUUCAUGGCUCCACAUCUCUGAAGGACCUUAAUUUGGGGAAGCAACUCCAUAGUUACGCGAUCAAGACAAACUUCGAGUCAAAUGUGUUUGUUGGUAGUGCUGUUUUGGAUCUUUAUGCGAAACUAAACACAAUUGAGGAAGCCCAAAUGGCGUUUGAAGAUACCCACGAUCCAAAUGUGGUUUCUUACACAGCUUUGGUAUGUGGGUAUAUCAAGAAAGAGAGGUUUGAUGAUGCCCUAAGGAUAUUCACAACGAUGCCAGAGAAAAACGUUAUAACUUGGAAUGCGAUGAUUGGAGGAUACAGCCAAAAGGGGCGUAGCGAGGAGGCUGUGAAUCUUUUCAUGGAGAUGUUGAAAGAAGGUAUUGCACCUACCCAAAAUACUUUCCCUUGUGUCUUUUCUUCAGCUGGAAACAUAGCAGCUCUUGGAAUGGGAAAGAGUUUCCACGCUUCGGCUGUAAAAACUUUGGGAAACAUUGGUAUCUUUGUUGGCAAUGCUUUAGUUACGUUUUACGCAAAAUGUGGCAGCAUGGAAGACAGUUUGUUGGCCUUCCAGAAACUACCAGAAAAAAAUAUUGUUUCUUGGAACGCUUUAAUAAACGGGUACGCUCAAAAUGGCAGAUGCAACGAAGCCAUUGGUUUUUAUCAUGAGAUGCAAGAAACAGGUGUGAAGCCUAAUGCUGUCACCCUUCUUGGCUUGUUAAGUGCUUGUAACCAUGGUGGUCUUGUAGAUGAUGGAUUUGCAUACUUCAACGAGGCUAAAUCCAAGAAUCCGAGCCUGUUGGAGCCUGCACAUUAUGCGUGCAUUGUUGAUCUGCUGGCUCGAUCAGGGCGGUUUUUGGAAGCUGAGAGGUUUAUUCAAGAUUUGCCAUUUGAUCCUGGGAUUGGGUUCUGGAAGGCUUUGCUUGGAGGUUGCCAGAUUCAUUUGAAUAUGGAAUUGGGUGAGUUUGCAGCUGCAAAGAUUCUGGAUUUGGAUCCAAGGGAUGUAUCGUCAUAUCUAAUGGUGUCAAAUGCUCAUUCGGCUGCCGGAAGAUGGCAGAGUGCUUUGACGAUAAGGCAGGAGAUGAAAGCGAAGAGUAUGAAGAGGGUUCCAGGGUGCAGUUGGAUUGAAGUUGGACAUGAGAUUCGCGUGUUUGUUAAUGGGGAUCGCAGAUCCAGCUGCUCGGAUGAAAUUCAGACGGUUUUGAGGUUUUUCUUUAAUCAUGUAGCAGAGUGUGCUUCAAGUUCAAGCUUACAACUAUGAUUCAACUCCAAAAAGAUCUACUCCUUACUCAAGUUUCCAGUGAAGACCAAGCAAAACUUCAUUAUAGGACAGUUUUGACACCAGAUGGCCUUCACGACAAAACGAGCUUAGUAUGAAAUCAUCACUAUUUAAUACUUAAGAAACACGAUCACAAGCCAGAAGUUCAUGUUGCAACUUGCGAAUUGCUGUUGGAUUGCUAUUGGAAAGCAAAGGGAUGGCAAAGAAGAACAACCAGAGAGGCCCAAGAUCAAGAUUUUACAUUCUGGUAAUAAUAACCUUUUUUAAUGGUAUCACUCCCGAUAAAUUGCGAUAGCAAGAAAUCAGUUGUGGUAAACUUAGUGGUCAUAAUUGUUGUGUAUGUCUCGAAUCGAACCCUAUAUAGAUAGGAUACUCCACAUCUUCAG